AUGUGUGCUCUAUCUGAAGAGGAAUACACUAAAGUUCACAGCUUCAAAAGUGCCAAACAAAUGUGGGACACCCUAGCUCUAACCUACGAGGGGUCCCUAGAGGUAAAACGCAACAAGCUAAGCUUGUUGGCACGUAAGUAUGAACUUUUUGAGAUGGAAGAAAAUGAAUCUAGACAAACUAUGUUUGGAAGAUUCCAAACCAUCUUAAAUAAACUUUCCUUCCUAGGUAGAACUCAUGAUAACUUUGACCACAUUGACAAAUUACUUCGUAGUUUACCCAGGAAAUGGAGACCACAAGUCACUACUCUGAGAGCAUCCAAAAAUCUGGAAAAGCUCUCUCUGGAGGAACUCAUUGGACUCCUUAAAGUUCAUGAGCUGGAGUUACAACAAGAUGAUGCUGGGAGAAAAUAG